AUGUCGUCAUCUUCCUCUCCGGAGCUUCAACCACCACCAGCGCCAACCACAACGCGCUGUCCAACAGGUCCUGUUCCUUUCCUCGAAUACCCAUCACCCAACACCACAAGUACCAGCAGCAACAGCAGCAGCAACAGCAGCAGCAACAACACAACAAGACCAAAGCGCUACCUCCUCUUCUUCAUCUCCGGCAACCCCGGUCUAAUCGACUACUACGCCCCCUUCUUCACGCACCUGCGCUCCCUCCUCAACGAACUCGAAUCCAAGUCCGCCGCCUCCAGCUCUCCAGGACACCAACAACCCAUCACCUUCCACAUCUACGGGCAAAACCUCAUAGGCUUCUCCGACUCUGACCACGCGCCUUUUGUACCAGGGUCCCCAGACACGGAACCCUUCGUGCUGGAAGAACAGAUUUCCCACCUUUACGACUCCCUCGUCUCCCUGAACGAAACUGAAGGACCCUUCGACGAAAUCAUUCUGGCCGGCCACUCCGUCGGCAGCUUUCUAUCUCUCGAAAUCUUGCAUCGCUCCCUUUCCUCAUCUCAACCCUCAUCUCUCAAACUGCUACCAAUAACAACCGCCCUCCUCCUCUUCCCCACCAUCCACCAGAUGCACCUCUCCCCUUCCGGCUUACGCCUCAGUCGUAUCCGGUCCAUCCCCUUCCUCGACCAGUACACGCACGUGCUAGCCAAGUCCGUUGUCGAUCUCGUGCCGCGGUUUGCGCUGCGGUGGAUCACGCGAAACGUACUAGGCAUGUCUGAGCACGGAAGCGAGGUUACUACGCGGUUCUUGCAGAGUAGGGAUGGGAUCUGGCAGGCGAUUCAUUUGGGGAAGGACGAGAUGGGGGUGAUUAGGGAUGGGGAGGGGAGGUGGGGGUGGUGGUCUUCUCCGAUUUCCUCGACUAGAGGUACCUCUGAGCAGCACGAGAGUUGUAAUGGGGACGAUCUGGAAGAAGAAGUGGUCGCUAAAGAGAUUGAAGCGGUAGAGGAGGAUUGGCAGCGGGUUGCUGAUGCUCAGAUACGUCAGGAGGAGCACGAACAUAAGCAAAGGAAGGGACAGGAACAUGAAGAAGCAAAAAAGCUCAAGUUCUUCCUCUACUUUGGACAAAACGAUCAUUGGGUGGCGGAUCGGUAUCGGGAUGAGUUCAUUGAACGACGCAAAAGAGAGGGACAUACGGGGAAAGAGGGAGGGACCAAGAUUGUGAUUGAUGAGGAUAGGAUUCCGCAUGCUUUUUGUAUUAAUCAUAGUGAGCAGGUUGCUGAGAAGGUUAGGGUUUGGAUCGAGGAGGUUGUGGAGGGGUAG